AUGCAGCGCUCAGCUGUCUUUGUUAUGCUCACUUUCGCAGCUGGCGUUCUCGGCGUCACCUUUCCCGACCCUUUUUUCCAGCAUUUUGGCGAAAAAUUCGAGGAGAAAAAAAAAGCGCAUCCGUUCGGUCACCACCACAAAGAGCCGCCCGCCCCCCCUCAGCCCCCUAUUAUCCUAACGUAUUUCAACGCUAUCUGCACCGACGGGCAUCUUGCUAACCAAGCCCGUGCCCAGCUCGUCUACAACCAUAACGCAACCGUCAACGCUUGUGAAGCCUACUCCAAACGCACAGAGGAAAACCCUUGCCCAAACUGCCAGAUGAUCAUGGAUUGGCAGGGCAUCCCCAUGUGCCACUCCCAGUCCCAAUGCAUUAGAGAAGCCGAGAUGACUGCCUACUGCCUGCAAUUUGGUGCCAAUUAUGCUACUCUUUAA